AUGUCUCGACACCCCGACAAUGAUGUCCCGUCAUCAGACUCAGCCCGCCCCAGCGGCCUCAGCAACGUCCUCCGUGGCCUCACUAGCUCCAAAAGCACUCGCUCCACGCCGCACAUUCCCUCGCCUGCUGCAGCUCAACCAAAGACGGAAUUCAUAAAUGCCACACCUAUACACUCUCGUGGUCUCGCCACGAACCACAUGGACGCUCUUGAGCUUUUGAGGUCCGGUGGCUCCGCCGAGCGCAUAUCCGCCGCAGAUACUCUGCGAUAUGCCAUUUCCGAAUACCCGUUGAAUCCCGUGCUCGACAUCUGGUAUGCCGCCAAAGACUUGAUCGACGAGCACAAGCCUCCGGCUGUCCGAACUGCUGGCUGGGAGCUCUUGACCGAGUGCGUCAAGCAUACUUCAUCGACAGAUCUUGAGCGACAAGAAUAUUUCCAGACAAUAACGGCCCCCGCCCACCCAGACGACUUUCACCUGCAGCUGGCCGCACUCGUUGACUUGACAAAUGGCGGCCGCAAAUUGGCCGGCUUUGACUAUGAAACCAUUCCUCUAGUCAUUGAUUGGCUCCAACAAGCAUACAAUGCUGCCAGGCUGGCGCGCAAAAAUGCUGCAAGAGGCUCCAAAUCGUCCAAACGCGCCGCCGCAUCAGGCGAGGAUCAAAACCUGGCACAGAUUUUUUCCUUCAUCCACGACGUCAUGAAGUUCGGCUAUAAUACGGCCAGCGAAGCCACCGUAUCCAAACUUAUCGAUAUGCUGCUCAAUAUUUGUAUGAGCACCAGUGUGGAAGACGAUCUCAAAUCUUGUAUUUCAAUUCUCGAUGUCAUUGUCACAUUCGGCUCCAUUCCCAACGGCAAGCUCAAAGAGUGCGUUCAGGUCCUGGGCUCCAUCUUCUGCCUCGUUCCAGGCCUUCAUAAGAGCUCGUGGCAUACACUCGCCAAUCUCUUCAAGUCUCACAAUGGUCAGGCUACCGUACGUAUCUUGCUUGAUAUUCUCCGAAACCUACCCCCAGAUUCUUCCAACGAGAGAGAUACCAGCAGAGAAAUCCGCGGUGCACUUGCGGUACUCCAAAAGCUUCUGGCUAAGAGCACAGACAAAGGGUACCCAACUAUACCGUACGCCCUGUUGGUCGACGGACUGGCGAACGCUCUCAAGGCAUCAAAUUCUAUCAGAGUAUAUGGAUCCAUCAUACAGCUCAUCAAUGCAUUAUUCGAUGAUGGAGCUGGUCAAAUGCAUAAGCUCAUUAUUGACGAAGAUUGGUCUAUUGCGCUACGCGUAUGCGCCGAGUGUUACAAACGUGUCAUCGCUGUUGUCGGCGAUAAGACCGCCAAGGAAGAAUCUGCCGAAGAAUUCCUCAUCGCCGAGCUAACAACUCUAAUUGCACGUCUUGACCUUUUGAUGAACCAAAAGACCACCAACUACAUUCCUCGCCAAACGAUUGUCAACUUCUUUACCCAGGCUCCAGAGCUGCUUGCCGAUGCCACUGCGAUAACCGUCCUCACCUACUUCCAAGAGUUCAGAUGUUGUUCGCCUUCUGACUUGGAUUGGGAGGAGAACAUCAACUUGGUUCUGGAUGCCUUCUUUCUGAAUCGCAAGCGGCCCUCCAAGACUCGACUUCUGGCGUUGAGCACAAUCAUGGACGCGUACGAUGUCGUGGAAUUGGUCGGUGAUGGGGCUGAGCAGAACUUCAUCCCCCGCCUUACAAAGCGCAUUAUUCAGGAUGUUGCAGAGGAAAUUGACAUCCCUGUUCUCAGUGCUAUCAUGGCGUUCAUCACUUCCGUGGUUAAAUCUUGCGAUAUGGAUUUGUUCAACUGCAUCAUGCAUACUCUCAAGAGUAUCGUUCCGAAUGACAGGGUCACGUCUCCUAUUCUAACUUCUUUACCUACGAUUCCCGGUAUCGAAAGCGAUGCUGAAAAGCGCGAUUUGCUGUCGAAGGAAUCGCCAUCUAACACUGUGACGCGGGCCUAUGUUACUAUGUUCUUGCAAUUGAUGAACACCCAUUAUGAAAAGAGUGUUGCGCUUUUCAACGUCUUGAUAAGUAUCAGCAAAGCCGGUCACUGCGAAGUUGACGCGCGUUUGUCGGCCAUGAAGCUGCUGUUCAGGCUCCGUGCAGACUGGGCCUACAGGAUAUACGUCACCAACGACUUGGAUGUCGACUUUUUGGCGUCUUCAAUUUGUCGCACAGAGGCAGCUCUGGUCAAAAAAAGGGCCGAGGAAGCUGCGGAAACUAUGCGCCUCUCGCGAAACGAUCAUGGAUUGCCGGUUCGUCCGUCGAGAGGCGUCUCAUUCAGCCAAAGCGAGAGAGGCAUUCCCAUUCGAGCAGCAAGCGGCACGAGUGUCAGAACAAGCGCCAAGCACCAGCAAUUAUGGCAGUAUCCAGACCCCAAGGCGUUGCCCUGUGAAGUCCCCACGGCAAUCAGUCCUGUAUUGGUGUCUCAUGUAGAACAAGAUGACUCGAAUGACUCGACGGUAUCAUCUUCCUCGGCGUCAUCGACGCUGGGCGUCACACACGCACUGGAUAUUUCUGCAUGGCUUGAUGGAGUCCUCACUGUUCUGCAGGGUGCGGAGUGGGAAGUCUACAGCUUUGUGCUAGUGCACUUGCCACUGCAAUUGAGCAACCAUGCCAUCUUUCAGGGCGCAGUUCCUCAAAUACAAGAGCUUCGAAAGAUGGUUUGCGAUCAUUUGCGGACAAAUAUGCUUCCAGACCCCCCGAGCAUGUAUGGCCUCAGAAAGGCAGAUGUAGCCAUUUGCCUAUAUCAAAGUUUGACUACGAUUCUGAGCUACCAUGAGCACUUUCAAAAGUCGGACGAAGAUGAGAUUGUCAAGACUUUUGCGCAAGGUAUAUCAGGAUGGGAACGCUCUGCCAAAGCAUGUAUUCAUGCACUCUCUAUUUGCUGUCACGAGCUUCCACUAUCCAUGAGCAAGUCUCUGGUCCAAAUCUUGACGCAGAUGGCGCAGAUCAUUACACAACCUCAUGUGUCUGUGCAUAUUUUGGAAUUUCUCUCCUGUUUAAGCCGAAUGCACGACGUCUAUGUCAACUUUAGAGAAGAAGAGUUUCGUACAGUUUUCGGUAUCUGCUUUCGAUACCUUGAUUACGCGAGAGAAAAGCGAUCUUCGAAUCGAAGCAGCAGAGCCAGCGAGGCAUCGACACCCGUGACACCGCAAUCUGGUCAUGUUGAGAAUAGUCACAACCCUCCGUCAGACGACUUGCCGCAAUACGUACACGCCGUAGCUUAUCAUGCCAUCAUAUUCUGGUUCUUGGCUCUCAAGCUUCCUGAUAGAGCUAACCAUGUAUCAUGGAUUGUUAGAAAGCUCUUUACCGACGUGGAUGGUCCAGCCCAACAAGUUGAAGAGCAAGCCGUCACUUCGGUGGAUUUUAUGCAGCGUGUCACGUAUGCCGAUGCUGACGAAUCUGCCAAAGACCCGUACUUUACGGAAGACCGGUUUGGUCAGAUUGGAAAGAAGCGAUGGAUUAUCGGCAAUAGCAUCGUAACUGUGAAGCAAGGCACACUGACGGGCUGGGCGCAUGUCGUGAAGCGACAGCCGUCGGGCACUUCAGCCUUUACAAUUCGUGAAGCCUAUCGACCGCCGCCGCUGCACCAAAUUGAAAAUCACUUGGACAUUGCGAGGGAAGGCCAGUCGACAAGCCAUGCAAUCCUGCCUAACCACAUCCUGGUGCAACUCUUGUCACCUAUUCCGCAGAGUUUUGAUGCUGCAAGACCUAUUGCAUUGCCCGAUGACGAGGCUGUUGAUCGAGCUAUCCGGGUAUUUGACCGAAACUCUAGUCUUGAUGGACACAAGGUCGGAGUCAUUUACAUUGGCGAGGGCCAGACUGAUGAGGCUGAGAUUCUGGCAAACAUGUCUGGAAGUAGCGAUUACAUUGAAUUUCUCAACAACUUGGGCACUCUGACCAGACUGAAAGGUGCGACGUUUAAUACGCAAGGGCUGGAUCGGGAAUACGAUACAGAUGGGGAGUACACAUUCUGCUGGCGUGAUAGAGUGACGGAGAUUGUGUUCCACGUCACGACGCAAAUGCCAACCAACCUCGAGCGGGACCCCUCGUGCACAUUGAAGAAGCGACACAUUGGCAAUGACUUUGUCAACAUCAUUUUCAACGACUCGGGCAAUCCAUUCAAGUUUGAUACCUUUCCAAGUCAGUUCAACUUUGUCAACAUUGUCAUCACCCCGGCCUCGCGAGCUUCUUUUAUCGUCCGGCGGGAGACGAAGCCGGAGGCAGACUCGGGUCAGCCGUUUUACAAGGUCAAGGUCAUGAGCAAGCCAGGGUUUCCACCAAUUUCGCCGGCAUCGGAGACCAAGAUGGUAUCGUUGAGAGCAUUGCCCGGGUUCAUCCGACUGCUGGCUCUCAAUGCGACCAUGUUCGCCAUGGUGUGGCAUAGCCAGGAAGGUGGGGAGCACAUUUCUUCUUGGACUAGUCGUCUCCGCGAAAUUAAACGUCUGCGGGAACGCUAUGGAAACAGGAACACAACGUUGGUGCCUUCGCCUCCUGGGACGUCGUUGUCAGGUGGUCCGACUGCAGGACUUGGAGACGGCUCGCGAGCAAGCAGUAGCGUGCGAGACAGUUUGAACAGCCUUCGCCGAACCAGCGUGGCAACAUUCUUCACAAGUCCCAGCGAACAGGCGUCCCAUCGGUCGUCUGUACUGUCAACAUCUACAACCACCAACGAUACAGAGGUGGGAUUCUUGGCCAAUCCCACCUGUUCUGUUGUGGACUCUGUAGAUUUCACGAAAUGGGCAUCCUAA